UACGACUUUUGCGGUUCUGCGAAACCUCGUUUUGGGACUCGUUGUGAAGAGUUGGGAUUGAUUCGGUUGUUUGCGCGCCGCUAUACGAGGAGCUUUUUUUUUUGGCGCGUCGGCUUCUUCUUCUUCUUGUUCUUCUUUUUUUGGGGAAGAUAAGUCGUUUGUUGCGAGAUUAUGCCGUCUGAACAUAGAUUCGAUCCGAACUUCACGGAUGCGGUGAUCAAUGCGACGGGGCCCGGUGCGACGCCGAGGGUCAGGCAGUUGACGGCCGGGUUGAUCAGGCAUCUGCAUGACUUUGCGCGGGAGAACGAGCUCACGGUUGAUGAGUGGAUGGCGGGUGUUGAACUGCUCAACGAAGCCGGCCGUAUGUCCGACUCGAAGCGCAACGAAGGCCAACUCGUCUGCGACGUCCUCGGCCUCGAAUCCCUCGUCGACGAAAUCACCUACAAGCUCGCCUCCACCGCCGCCUCAGAACCAACCGCCACCGCCAUCCUAGGCCCCUUCUACCGCCACGACGCGCCGCAGCUGCCCAUGGGCGCCUCCAUCGUGUCGGGCCUGGACAACACAGAGGGCGACUGCACAUGGAUGCACGGCACGGUUACGGACUUCCGGACCGGCGCGCCCAUCGCCGGCGCCGUCGUGGAUGUCUGGCACACGGCCCCCAACGGUCUGUACGAGCAGCAGGAUCCCGAUCAGCCUGAGAUGAACCUCCGAGGCAGGUUUACUACGGGCGCAGACGGCAAGUAUGCGUUUUACUGCCUUAGACCUGUGCCGUAUCCUAUUCCGUUCGAUGGGCCUGCGGGUAGGAUUCUUAAGGCGCUUGAUAGACAUCCGUUUCGGCCUGCGCAUAUCCAUUUCUUGCUUACCGCACCCGGAUAUAAACCCAUUGUCACGCAGAUCUUCGAUCGCAAGAGCAAGUACAUCGAGGACGACGCCGUGUUUGCAGUCAAGGACUCGCUAGUAGUGGAUUUUGUGCCGUUCGAGGGCGACGCGAAGGCAGAGUUUGAACUGCCGUAUGAUUUCAAGAUGGCGUCGUUUGAGGAUGCGAAGAAAGGGCCUGUGGAAGGGACUACCGAGGAGAGUGCUAGUAUGUAGAUAUGUUGAUUCUGUUUCUGUGAAAAUUAUUGACUCUGUGUGUUGUCGUUGGUACUUCUUUCCUCGGCGUCAAGUUAUCUUUGCUCCGAUUCCGAGGCCUUUCCGAUGCUGAUUUGGUUCUGGGGCGUAUGAUGAGCUCCUCCCCCGCAUUUUGGUGGCUUUCUCCAUCCCUCCUCCCCCACUCGCCGCAUGUAGCCGGGGACUUGUACACAACGCGUUCAACCUCGGAGUAAA